UACUUUGGACAAUAAACCAGCAAAAGAUUAGCAUGUUGUAUUGGGCAAACAUUAUUAAUCAGUAAACAGAUGCCAGAUUAGAAACAAUGCACUGCAUCAGCACUAUUCACAUCAUAAUAGAAGAAGCUACCAGAAUGAAUUUCUCAGGUUUGCCUUGUCGUUUCGUCAUCAUACUUUUGAGUGACUCAUAAAAUUUUUUACUUGGUGUCAUCUUAUCCGGAGAAGGAAAGAAAGACAAGUGAACAAAAAAUAAACAAAUAAAACAGAAAGAAUGUGGAGGUGGCACGACUGUGUGGGACUUAAUGAUAAGAACGUUAACACUAAUCUUCAUCACAUAGACAUCUUGUGGAUGAACCUGAACCUUCUGAGAGUGAGUGGCAGAGAUCGAAGCCGCCAAGAAAAAUUUGCUUAUAAAGACUUUAUCAAAAUAGAGUAAGAAAAGAGAAGAAAAUGAAGGUCGCACACAAUUGAGAUGAUGAGAUGAUAUCUUAGUGGAAAUACUCUCUCGAAAAAUGUUGUUGAUCAAGUGCAAGUGCAUAUGCAAAUUUUAUAUGUAGCCUGUAGUAUUCUGCAACGUGUCGCGUUAUGCUGAACCAAACAACACAGUUUUUUCAUCUUAUGGGUUACUUUAAUAGGGAUGAGCAAUCAAUAAUUUAUUCAUCAUCAACAUCAUCAUCAACCACCGCAUGAUUCUCUCUUUCUUUCACACACAGUCUCAGACUGAACACAAAUAGUCAUCACUGAUCACCACCACCUCAACUUAACAUGUCAUCGCAGGGUUACCUCCACCGCGUUGGCUUCACCAGGAAGAGAGAAAGGCUCAUCGACCCUAUGGACCGAGCCUCACCACUGCCGUCAACUUCGGUACAAAACCAAGCUGUGUCAGAGUCACUUCCUCUGCCCUUCCUCCCUAAUGAGCUCGUUGUUGAAAUUCUCUCCAGACUUCCCGUAAAGUCUUUGUUGCAGUUCAGGUGUGUAUGCAAGUCAUGGAUGUCCCUUAUUUCUGAUCCUUAUUUCAUGAAAAAACACCUUCACUUGUCAACUCGAAGUACCCACUUCACCCAUCACAGGAUCAUAUUGAGUGCCACAACAGCUGAGUUUCACCUUAAAUCAUGUUCUGUGAGUUCCUUGUUCAAUAGUCUUUCAACAGUUUGUGAUGACCUUAACUAUCCUGUGAAAAACAAAUUUCGUCAUGAUGGGAUUGUUGGAUCUUGUAAUGGGUUGUUAUGUUUUGCCAUAAAGGGUGAUUGUGUGCUUCUUUGGAACCCCUCUAUGAGGGCCUCCAAGAAAUCACCACCUUUGGGUAAUAAUUGGAGACCAGGGUGUUUCACUGCCUUUGGCCUUGGUUUCGAUCAUGUCACUGAGGAUUAUAAGGUGGUGGCUGUGUUUUGUGAUCCUAAUGAGAUUUAUAGUGAGUGUAAAGUGAAGGUGUAUAGCAUGGCCGCCAACACUUGGAGGAAGAUUCAGGAUUUCCCUCAUGGUUUCUCACCCUACCAAAAUUCAGCAAAGUUUGUUAGUGGCACACUCAAUUGGGCUGCCAAUCACCCUGUUGGUUCAACUUCUCUGUGGGUUAUUGUUUCCUUGGAUCUGCAUAAGGAAACAUACAGGGAAGUUCUGCCACCUGAUUAUGAAAAGGAAGAUUGUUCCACUCCUACUUUGGGUGUUUUGCAAGAAUGUUUGUGCAUGAAUUAUGAUUACAAGAAAACUCAUUUUGUUGUGUGGAUGAUGAAGGAUUAUGGGAUGAGAGAGUCUUGGUUUAAGCUGGUAAGCAUUCCUUAUCUGCCAAAUCCUGAAGAUUUUUCAUACUCAGGGCCUUAUUACGUGUCAGAGAAUGGUGAAGUGCUGUUGAUGUUUGAGUUUGACUUGAUCCUCUAUGAUCCAAGAGAUAACUCUUUUAAGUACCCUAGGAUUGAGAGUGGGAAGGGCUGGUUUGAUGCAGAGGUCUAUGUUGAAACUCUGGUUUCGCCAAUGAAGCAUUAAAGUGGAUGUGUCAGGCAAAGCAAGCUUGAGGAAAAAUAAAAUGUGUAAAUUAUUUUGAGUCCAAGUGAUCUUAUCUCAGUAAAUGUUUUUGGCAUUAUAUGUGUAAUAUGUAUAUGCCGAAUUAAGAAGUCCAGCAUUGUAUAAAUGUCCUUAAUAUUUGAAGCUAAGUGUUGUUACUUGUGUUGUGUCGGUCACCAUGUAUCCAUCACUGAUGGAAAAUCCUACUUCACUUAUUUGUUAGUAAAUGGAAAAUGGUAUAUGCUUUCUUGUUUAUGGUGAGAAGCAUAUAUUUAA